AUCAUCACUCAUCAUCAGGGAAAUGCAAAUCAAAACUACUUGUCAGAAUGGCUAAAAUUAACAACACAAACAGCAAGUGUUGGUUAGCUAUACUGGAAUUAAAAUAAAAACUCAAUAAAUAAUGUCAUGAAAUUGAACAUUCACACCCCCCCGAUGUAUGAAUAUUGGCUAUUAUUUGUGACAAAUAUGCCUUACUCAUGUAAGCCAUUAAUAAUACAGGAAACUGGGUAUGGGGUAUAUGGGAAUUCUGUACUGUCUUCCCAACUUUUCUGAAAAUCUAAAGCUAUUCUAAAAUUUAAAACUUAUUUUUAAAAAAUCAGCUAAAUGCAUUUGUUCUGAAUGAUAUAUUUUUUUAAGAUUUUAUUUAUGAGAGAGAGAGUGUGUUGGGGUGGGGGUUGAGGGGCAGAGAGAGAGGGAGAGAGAGUCUCAAGCCAACUCUGACUCCACACUGAACCUGGAGCCCCACUGGGGUUCAGUCUCAUGACCCUGAGAUCAUGACCUGAGUGGAAACCAAGAGUCGGACCCUCAACCGACUGCUCCACCCAGGUCCCCGUUCUGAACACUUUUAAUUAAAACUAAUUGCUACUUUCCUUAAAAACUGAGUUGAGAGUUUCUGAGUUGAGUGACCUUUACCAGGGUCACAGAAUCAGCUCCUAUUCUUCUAAUUCUUCCAUUGGCUCUCUGUGAGGCGGAAUUGAGCCGGUGGUUUGCUUAGGCAGGAAGGACUACCACUCCCAGAGUACCCCUGUGCGGUUGUUAGGAGCAACCAAAGAAUGCAGACUAACAGCCCUCUUGGAGUCGGGAGUAUACAACCACUGAGUGCCUUGCCAGCCAGCCAUGGGCCAGGAUUAUUACGCCGUGCUCCAGAUCACUCGCAAUGCAGAGGAUGCCCAGAUCAAGAAGGCGUACCGGAAACUGGCCCUUAAGAACCAUCCGCUCAAGUCCGGUGAGCCAUCCGCUGCAGAGACAUUCAGGCAAAUAGCAGAGGCCUAUGAUGUGCUGAGCGACCCUGUGAAGAGAGGCAUCUAUGACAAGUUUGGAGAGGAAGGCCUGAAGGGCGGGAUUCCUCUGGAGUAUGGAUCCCAAACCCCAUGGACAACUGGUUACGUCUUCCACGGCAGCCCUGAAAAGGUUUUUCAUGAGUUCUUCGGAGGAGAUAACCCCUUUGGUGAGUUUUUUGAUGAAGAAGGCAGAGAGGUAGAUUUGAACUUUGGAGGGCUCCGGGGCCGAGGGGUCAAGAAACAGGACCCCCCAAUCGAAAGAGACCUCUACCUAUCCCUGGAGGACUUAUUCUUCGGCUGCACCAAGAAAAUUAAGAUCUCCCGAAGGGUGCUGAAUGAGGAUGGGUACUCCUCCACCAUCAAGGACAAGAUUCUCACAAUUGAUGUGAAACCUGGUUGGAGGCAGGGCACACGGAUCACCUUUGAGAAGGAAGGGGACCAGGGCCCCAACAUUAUCCCAGCCGACAUCAUCUUCAUCGUAAAGGAGAAGCUACACCCUCGCUUCCGCAGGGAGAACGACAACCUCUUUUUUGUGAACCCCAUUCCCUUGGGCAAGGCUCUGACCUGCUGUACCGUGGAGGUGACGACUCUGGAUGAUCGUCUGCUCAACAUACCCAUCAAUGACAUUGUCCAUCCCAAGUAUUUCAAGAAGGUGCCAGGUGAGGGGAUGCCACUGCCUGAGGACCCCACUAAGAAGGGAGAUCUCUUCAUCUUCUUCGAUAUCCAGUUCCCCACCCGCCUCACCCCCCAAAAGAAGCAGAUGCUGCGCCAGGCGCUGCUGACAUGACUGGUGGGCUGCGGGCUGGAGCGGGGAGAAGACUAGCAGGGCCUCAUCCCAUUCCUGCCUCGGGAUGUGCAGGGGAGCCAGCCCACUGCCCAGAUGUGAUGUGAGGGUGGGAUGGCACGGGACUUAGAAACCAACACAAUAAAGAUUUAUUUCCUAUCCUCCAGUUGCACCCAGGACACUGUGUUGGAGGGAGAGGUGCUUCAUGUAUCUCUUCUCGUGGAGCAGAGGGAAGGGCAGGGCCCAGGAAGCCUAAUACCUGGGUCCUUGUCCAGGUUUUUUUUUAAAUUUAAAUUCAUUAAUUAACAUAUAAUGUAUUACUGUUUUCAGAGGUACAGGUCUGUGAUUCAUCAGUCUUAUAUAACACCCAGUGCUCAUUACAUCAUAUGCCU